AACCCUAAUAAGAUGCAGCGCGAUGAAAAACUCUUUGAAAUGACGCUGGAUGCCGUCCUCCAGCGUCUAAACGACCUGAAAUUGGCUGUGCUCUCAAUGAUCCAGAAGCUCGAGAUGGAGUACGAAACCAUCAACUGGCCCACUUUCCUGGACAACUUUGCUAUUAUUUCGAGCCACCUCACCGGCUUAGCGAAGAUCCUCGCCAAGGAACAGUGCCCUCCUUUAAGAAACCGAACCGUAUUGCCCCUUAUGGUGUCUAUGGACCGGGACGACACGCUCAUCAAUAUUACCGAGGGCCGGGUUCCUGUCUUUUCGCACGACAUUGUGCCAGAUUAUCUGAGAACUCGUCCGGACCCGAUUACCGAACAGAAGAUGCAGCAGAACGAGCAAAAGGCCGCCAACCUUACCAACGACGCCGCCAUGAAGCAGGUCACCCAAUACAACAAGGUGGUUUCUCACGUCCUGGACAUGGUUAGCAAGGCACGCGAAGAGUGGGAGAUAGAGAGCUCCUCGCGAACGGGUAUCCAGCAGACAAGCAGCAUGGCGGACACCCAGCUCCUCGUCGCCGCCGUCGGCAUGGGCAAGGGCCUGAAGCUGACCAACUACGGACCCGGUAUGAUGGUCCCGCCCUCGAUCCGUGCUCCGUCGCCCAUGGGCGGGCCAGGCAUGAGCCCCGGAAACGUGCAACAGCAGCAGUUGGGAAAGGCCCCGUCGGCCGUGAAGACCAACAUCAAGUCGGCCAAUCAAGUGCACCCGUUUUCUCGAUAGCACAGUCCAUAACUUACUGUUUAUUGUUGCGCUUUGCAGUGCAGGGUAAUCGUUCCAUCUAGCGGAAUGUAUCGUCAUAAUAAUUUAUAUGUACUUAGAACUAAGGCUUAAAAUAGGCAAACAUAAACAUGAACAAAAUGAA